AUGGUACAAUCAAAGUCAAACACUAGUCUUGCAAACAGAAGACAAUCGUCUUUCUUUUACAAUUUGCCUCAAGCCGACCCUGAUGUCUACUACGUCGGUGUUGAUGUUGGAACUGGUUCCGCUAGAGCUUGUUUAAUUGACACCAAUGGUAUCAUUUUGGGAUUGGCUGAAAAGCCCAUUUCAAGACAGGAAUUGAAGCCAAACUACAUUACCCAAAACUCAACCGAAAUUUGGAAUGCCAUCUGUUAUUGUGUCAAGCGUUGUUUGAGUGAAUCUGGAGUAGACCCUCAGCACGUUUUUGGUAUUGGGUUUGACGCCACUUGUUCCUUGGUUGCUGUAUCCGAGUCUAAUGAUACUCCUGAAUCCGUUGGUCCAAAUUUCGACGAUAAGGAGGAGAAUAUUAUUUUGUGGAUGGACCACAGGGCCGAAGAUGAAACCAACGCAAUCAAUGCCACUGGUGACAAGUGUUUGAAAUACGUUGGUGGACAAAUGUCAAUUGAAAUGGAGUUGCCAAAGAUGAAGUGGUUGAAACACCACAAGCCAGGUGGAAUUGAUGAUUGCAAGUUUUAUGACUUGGCUGAUUUCUUGGUUCAUAAAGCCACCGGCACCGAGACUAGAAGUUUCUGCUCUGUUGUGUGUAAGCAAGGAUUUGUCCCAAUUGGCGUUGAUGGUUCUGAGACUGGUUGGUCAAAGGACUUUUUGUUAGCAGUUGAUAUGCCCGAAUUGAUUGAAGACAAUUUUAGAAGAUUGGGUGGUAUUCCUGGUGUCAAUGGUAAGUACCUCACUGCUGGAAACAUUGUGGGCAAAUUGACCGAUAAAUCGGCUGCGGAGUUGGGAUUGUCUCAUGAGUGUAUUGUUGGUUCACCAGUUAUUGAUGCUUAUGCAGGAUGGGUAGGAACCGUUGCUGCUAAAGCUGAAGUCCCUCUGUUACUUGAGGAGAAGUACGAUGGAACCAUUGGAGAUGCGUGUGGUAGAUUGGCUGCAGUUGCAGGUACAUCUACUUGUCACAUUGCCAUGACCAAAGAAGCUUGCUUUGUCAAGGGUGUUUGGGGUCCUUACAAGGACGUUAUGGCUGAAGGAUAUUGGCUAGCAGAGGGUGGUCAGUCAAUUACAGGUCAAUUGUUGGCCCAUGUGUUGAGUAUCCACCCGGCAAACCAAGAAUUGUUGAAGGCUUCUGAACAAUCCAACAUUUCCAAGUUUGACUACUUGAACUCGUUGUUGGAGAGAAUGGUCAAGACCAAAGGUGAGAGGUCGGUUGUUUCUUUGGCCAAGCACAUAUUUUUCUAUGGAGAUUUCCACGGUAAUAGAUCCCCAAUUGCUGAUCCGAGAAUGAGAGCAAGUUUGAUUGGACAAUCUUUGGAUAACUCUAUUGAAGACUUGGCAUUGAAUUACUUUGGUGCAUGUGAGUUUAUUGCUCAACAAACUAGACAAAUUGUUCAGCAUAUGGAAGAGGCCGGACAUGACAUCAAGUGUAUUUUCAUGAGUGGUGGGCAAUGUCGUAAUGGGUUGUUGAUGAGAUUGUUGGCUGAUUGCACCGGGUUGCCUAUUGUCAUUCCUAGAUAUAUCGAUGCAGCAGUGGUGUUUGGUUCUGCAUUGUUGGGUGCAGUAGCUGCUGAAGAGACUGUCAUUGACCAUCGUUUUAAUGGGCCAAACUCAAAGAGAGCCAAACUGUUGGCUGAAAGGGGAGGUGUACAACAACAGCAACCAGAUGAGAUUCCUGAAUCUCCAUAUACUGCACCUACGGCUACAUCAACCACAAACUUGGCAACUAUUGCUUAUGCUCAUUCCAAUCCCAACAAUGUCGAUUACUUUAAUCAGCCAUCUCACCAAGGUCAAACUCGGCACAAGGCUGAUGACCAAGAGGACUCUGAUGAUGAAAAUACCUUAUCUUUUGGCUCUAAGCAAGAGACUCAAAAGGGUAUAUCGCAAAAGUUGGCUAGUUUGGGAUUGAACAAGCCAUUGUCCUCGACCAAGAAGGAAACAGAGCAAAAGGACUCACAGCAAGGAGGAGUAGGUGCCGCCGUGAAUGAUUCUGGAGAGUUGUUGUGGAAGAUUAUGAAGAAGAUGACUGGGCCAGGAAAAGUUAUCCAGCCACGUGGAGAUGAUGAUCCUGAUAGGAAAUUGUUGAAUGUCAAGUACAAGAUCUUUUUGGAACAGUGUUAUGGACAAAGAAGAUUUAGAGAUGAGGUUGAUGCUAUAGAGAAGGAAAAUUUGAAAAAGUCACAAGCUGCUAAGUAG